AUGGUUUGCACUCUCAGCAAAACUACAGCAACUGAUCCAGGUGGUGCCGCCCCAAUCUCCGUCAUGCCUCCAGAUGUUAUUCAAACUCAUAUCCUCACGAGUCUCGAUGGUCCGUCGCUCGCUUCCGCAGCCAGCACGUGCUCUCAACUCAAUAUCCUCUCAUCGCAUGAGCAUUUAUGGUGCAAAAUUUGCAACUCCACGUGGCCUUCCAGUAACACGCCACGCGUUCGCAAAGUAAUCUCCACUUUCCCUAACACCUCUCGCUCUUUCUUCUCCGAUUCUUUCUCAUAUGUAAUGGCUUCCGCCUCCAACUGCCACCGCAAGAAUAUUGAAAGCACGCCAGAAAUUAUAUCCGCCGUUGAUUUAUUCCAGCGGGAAAAGGUUGUUUUAUCGAGGGUGGUGGAGACUGAAACCGAGUCUGGUUGGUUUCGGUGUUCUCCGUUUAGGAUUGAUAUUCUGGACCCGAAGGAUUCUGUUGAGACGAGCAUGGAGUAUCCGAGAGAGGAGGAAGCGUGUAGGAAUCUGGAAGAGAAAUUGAGUUUGAGUUGGAUAGUGAUCGAUCCGAUAGGAAAGCGUGCGGUGAACGUGUCAAGUGGAAAGCCGGUGUCGGUGAACCGUCACUGGCUGACCGGCGACGUGAAAGUGAGAUUUGCAACGGUGUUACACGGCGGAGAGAAGGGAUCAGCGAAAGAAGCGACGGUGUGUAGUUUGUUGGUGACUUUUGGAAAGGAAAUGCAAGUGAGGGAAAUAUGUUUUCAGAUUGAGGAUAUGGAUGGGAAUCAGUUGAAUGGGAGGGAUAGUUUGGGGAUUUUGCAAAGAGCUUUGGAAGGUGAAAGGAGAAGAUUGAGGAACGGAAAGGAAAGGUAUGUGGAAUUUGUGAGAAAGAAAAUGGAAAGGAAAGAGAGGAAAUUGAGAAGAGAGAGAAAGUUGGAUAUUCUCUGUGUUGCACUUGCUGCUUUGUCUGUUGCGGCUUUUUCCACUCUCUUUCUCUCUUGA